UGAAAGCAAGAGCUGCAGAAAAGUCAAAGACGAGGGAACAGGGAGAAGGAAGAAGACCAAAAGCACCUCAUCUGCUUCAUCGCCAGCCACAACCUAAACCUAAUCUUUACGCAGUCGUCAAGCAGGCUGAAUGGUUUUCUCUCUUUCUCUCUGUCUCCUGCUCCCCCCAUAGCCAUAUCUCUUCUCGUCUGCCAUGGCGGCCGCCUUCCAUCCUGUGAUACACAGGAAAUUGUUUGCAACUAACAUAUCAGGAGGACUCUGUGCACCGGGUUGUGACCCUCCCAAGCUCACGAUCGACAAGUGCCGAAGCCUUUGUCCUGUUUGCGUUCAAGUUUGUGGUGCUUGCGUUCAAGUUUGUGGUGCUUGCGUUCAAUUCUGUGAAAGUCCUAUAAGCCCACCCUCGAACCCUCUCCCAAGUCCUCCAUCUCAUCCUCAUUCACCCAACAAAUCCCACAACUUCCACCUCCUCCUCAUCAUCACACUUUCAGUCGUCUUCACAGCUUGCUUCGUCUUCUUCUUCUGCACCAUGUACAAGAAGCACAGGGACAGGACGAGGCUGAGGAGAUCAAGAUCAUCAAGGCCCGAAGAAGAACAAGAACAAGCAAUCGCCCUUGAUCUCGACGGUUUUCUCGAUGAAGACCACGGCCCUGUGCUGGACCAUCCCAUAUGGUACAUCCGUACAGUCGGGUUGCAGCCGUCGAUCAUCAGCGCAAUCACGGUCGUCAAGUACAAGAGAGGCGACGGGCUUGUUGAAGGCACGGACUGCUCUGUUUGCUUGAACGAAUUUCAGGAAGACGAGACCCUCCGGCUGCUGCCCAAGUGCAACCACGCCUUUCACAUCCCUUGUAUCGACACCUGGCUCCGAUCCCACACCAAUUGUCCCAUGUGCCGCGCCGGAAUCGUCACUAACCCCGCCGGAUUGCCGCCGCCGCCAACAACGGCGGGUGUUUCGUCAGUUCUCGGGGAGGAAACUCCAGCGGUGAUCCCGGAGAGGAGUGGCGAAUUGAGGAUCGAAACAGAGGAGGGAGAAGGAGAAUUCCGUGUUGAGAGUGGAGAAAACAGGCAAGAAACUUCCAAAGAUGAUCUCAUGGAAGAGGUUCAACCAGUGAGAAGGUCGGUUUCCAUGGAUUUUGUGGCUGCUACGAUGAUCAGUGCUGCAAUAGCUGGGAAGAACGAGGAGAAUAAGGGCAUUAAUCUUGCCAAGAAGCCCGAUGCAAAUGGGAACUUGCUUGGAUUAGUGGGAAGUUCCUCAAUUGGGAGAUCUUUAUCUUCAUCACAGAAAGAGCCUACUUUGAUGAAGAGAUCCACGUCUUGCGGUGGCAAGAUUUUGCUCUCAAGGAAUAGCCGAGCCCGGAACUCGCUUAAUCUUCGUUCCUCCUGAAGCUCUAUUCGUGCUCUUUUACUUUCUGUUUUGUCCCACCAAUGCUGGAGCUCUCGACAAGCCUGAGAGUUUUCCACAGGUUACUACUUACCUCUUGCAUACAUAAAUGUGUAAUUAAUGAAUUAUAUAACAUAUGGACAGUGAGUGGCUGAUGCAUAAAAUGGUAGUCAGCCAAAUGUAUCUCGUCUUUCUGCAAUUUCAGGUUCCUAAAGUGGAUGAACAAAGUGUAGUUAAACAUUCUUGUUCUUUCGAAUUGAUCAAGAUGGUCACCGUAUGUUGGGUUA